CGGGCCGGCGGGACCUGCCUCGGGCCGGCGGGACCUGCCCCGGGGCGGCGGGACCCGCGGUGCCCGAGGGCCUCUGUUCCCCGGCGGCGCGCGGGGCAGGCUCGGCCCGAAACCCGCCGGAUCCGGGGCUCCCAGGCGGGCGCACGCCUGGGUUCCGCCCGCCCCGCUGUACCCGUGAGCGCGGCGGCGCCCCUGGGCGCCCGGCGGAGAAACCCAGCCGGCCCGCGGGCCGGGCGCUGCACGGGCGCUCGGAGGCGGGCCGCGGCUGCCCGGUGUGGGAGCGGCGGAGGCGGGCGGGCCGUUCCCGCCGCCGGAACCAAAGCGCGGGGCUGCGGGGGUUGCCGGCUGUGGCACCGCUCCGCGCUCACCGCCGGCCGGGCGCUGCGGGACGGCCCGACAUGCUGCCGCUGCUGCGGGCCGCCGCCUGCCGCCGCGGCCCCCCCGCCGCCUCCGCCCGCGCCGCCGCCGCCGCCGCCGCCUGGCUGCGGGGCGCCGCGCACCGCGGGCUGCCGGCCGCCUGCCGCCGCCGGGCCGCCCCGCCUGCCGCCGCGGGGGCCCCGCAGGUUACAUCUUUUCGAGGAGCAGCUGUUCGCAGCCUCUGCACAUCCUCCUCUAAUGAUCACCCAGAACAUGGAAGAUUAGUUUACAAAGGAAAUUUGGCAAAGGCAGUGUUAGCCGUGAAGUUUUUCUCGUACUCCACCAGCAUAUUCAACCUUUUCAUGAUGCCCUACAUUAUGCUCAAAACUGGGAUUGGAUUUGAAAGCCUGUUCAUACAAGCUGCCUUUUACGGGUUGAUCGGGUUUUUUACAUUCGUCACACCAGUUACUUUGCACGUCCUCACCAAGGGCUACGUGGUUCGACUCUAUUACAAAGAUGAGGUGGACACGUACACGGCCAUUACGUACAACGCCAUCUUGACAGAAAAAGCAACUGUUUUCCAUCAGAAAGAUGUGAAGAUUCCAGACAUCACCAAGAUGUUCACAACGUUUUAUGCCAAAACAAAAUCGAUGCUUGUUAAUCCAACGCUUUUCCCGAAUCCUCAGGAUUAUCACCAUCUCAUGGGCUAUGACAAAUCCUUGUUUUUUAAUUUAGAGGAGGAAAAGGAAGAUGGUGAAAGAAAAUAAUUUUAAGAUAACGAAUGUCACUGUCACUGUUUGUGGUGCAGUGCUAGGUAUGUGAAAGAAUGUAAAGUUCUAUUACAUUUUCUUAAGUAUCAGGUAUCUCAAGUUCCCCAAACUCAUUUUGGAAUGUAUAAAAAACCUUUUUUUUUCUUUUUUUUUUUUCUAAAUAAUUGUAAACAACGUGACAGUUUCUUCAGAAGCAUAGUAAAGAAAAAGAUGCCUA